UCUGACCUUCAACGCCUUCAAUCUUUUUGAAAAAAAAACAUGAUUGUUAUUUAAGAUUUAAAUCUGAUGAUAAAAUGUCUCAUCUUCUCCAUCGUCAAAGUCCAUGCCUUGAAAUAUCCGAUCGUCUAAGCUCUUUGCUUCGUAUCUUCCUUCUCCAAUGGCGGAUUCAAAGGAACUCGACGCGGCGAGUCGGCGAAUAUCCGCCGUCACCAACCAUCUCAUCCCCGUCGGAUGGGAUACUACUCGCGGUGGCUCUGUUGAGCUCUGCAACGCUUCUUCGAUGAACGACAGUUUCCAUAGGGUUCACGGUGAAGUGCCGACGCACGAAGUCGUUUGGAGGAGAGUCGCUCGCGCCGGCGAUGAUGGAGGUUCCGGCGACGGGAAGGAGCUCAUCGACAUUAUCUAUGAGAAAGCGGUCGGUGAAGGCAUUGCGAAGAUUACGAUAAACAGGCCUGAGAGAAGAAACGCGUUUCGGCCUCAGACCGUGAAGGAGCUUAUGCGUGCGUUCAAUGAUGCCAGAGACGAUAGCUCCAUUGGAGUAAUCAUACUCACUGGUCAGGGAACCAAAGCAUUUUGCAGCGGCGGUGACCAGGCUUUGAGAACACAAGACGGGUAUGCUGACCCUGAGGAUGUCGGCCGUCUUAAUGUUCUUGACCUUCAGGUCCAAAUUCGCCGGCUGCCAAAACCUGUUAUAGCAAUGGUUGCUGGUUAUGCUGUUGGAGGAGGGCAUGUGUUACACAUGGUCUGUGAUCUAACAAUUGCAGCCGAUAACGCCAUUUUUGGCCAAACUGGUCCUAAGGUUGGGAGCUUUGAUGCUGGUUACGGGAGUUCUAUCAUGUCUCGUCUGGUUGGACCGAAGAAGGCACGAGAAAUGUGGUUCAUGACGAGGUUUUACACUGCUUCCGAAGCAGAAAAAAUGGGACUUGUCAAUGCAGUUGUACCGCUCGACGAUUUGGAGAAAGAAACAGUGAAAUGGUGCAGAGAAAUCCUUCGGAACAGCCCCACCGCCAUUCGUGUACUUAAGGCAGCUCUUAACGCCGUCGAUGAUGGCCACGCGGGACUUCAGGAGCUUGGAGGCAAUGCAACGCUUAUAUUUUACGGAACCGGAGAAGGAAACGAGGGAAGAACGGCUUAUAUGCAACGCCGGCCACCGGAUUUCUCGAAAUUUCCGAGGCGACCUUGACAUUGUCGGAGUUUCAGUCGUCCGUUCAUAGUCGUUGAAAUGUUUCUUUAAGUUCAAUUUAUUACAUGAAACAUUUUGUAAGUUAUGAAUCUCUUUGAAUUAGUUUUUGAUGCUUUCGAGAAUAAAAUUUUUGUGGUGAAUGA